AUGCAAUACUCAUACCUUUGCUUCACCUUCAUUUUGUUGACAAUCAGUUUCAAGGCUCCCUUCACGACAUCCCAGAAGGUCACAUGCAAUUCAAAUGACGUUAGAGCCUUAACUAGCUUCUCCAGUUUCAUAGACUAUGGGCUUGAGUGGAAUACGUCAGACUCAAAUUGUUGCAGUUGGAUAGGUGUCACCUGUCACAAUUCCACGGUUUCGAUUAAAAGGGUAGUCAGGUUAGAACUUGGGAGCAAAAGACUCACAGGGUUAAUCUGCGAGUCCUUGGCAGGUUUGGAUCAGCUGAGAAUUCUGAACCUCUCUCAGAAUUUCCUUUAUGGAUCCCUUCCAUCUGGAUUAUUUCGCCUGCAGAAUCUAGAGAUCCUUGACUUGAGCAGUAAUGAUUUUGUCGGUCCAAUACCAGAAGGUAGUAAUUUAUCCUCAAUCAGGUAUAUUAACAUUUCAAUGAACAAUUUUAAUGGUUCUGUCGAUGCAGCACUUUGUGAAACCUCAUCCUAUAUUCACACACUCGAUCUUGCAAACAACUAUUUCUCCGGUGAAGUUUCAGCAAACUUUGGAAGGUGUUCUCCUCUGCAGCAACUCUUUCUUGAUCACAAUGAUCUCUCGGGGAAUUUUCCUGACAGCCUCUGGCAGCUGAGAGAUCUUCGUAUAUUGCACCUUCAGAAUAAUUUAUUUUCUGGGACACUAACUUAUGAGAUUGGUAAAUUUUCCAACCUUGUGGAAUUGGAUAUCUCUUCCAAUAGGUUUUCUGGAAUUCUUCCAGAUGUUUUUGCGAGGCUUAAAAAGCUUGAGAAUUUCUUUGCCCGCUCAAAUAACUUCAGCGGCAACUUGCCCAAGUCAUUGGUAAAUUCUCAACAUACUUCAAUUCUGAACUUGAGCAACAACACCCUCAAUGGUCCAAUCAAUCUCAAUUGUUCUGCAAUGGUUCAUCUUACUUCUGCCGAUCUUGGUUCUAAUAAUUUCCAUGGUCCAAUACCUGAUAUUAUAUCCUCUUGCCAGAGACUGACCAAUCUGAAUCUUGCUCGUAAUAACCUUGGUGGUGAAGUUCCCUUUGGAUUCAAGAAUCUCCAAGCCCUAAGAUCUCUAUCCCUCUCAAACAACAGCCUUGUUAACAUAUCGUCAGCCCUAGCAAUUCUCCAACAAUGCAGAAACUUAACUUCACUGUUCCUUAGUCUCAACUUUCACAAUGAACAAAUGCCCAGAAAUGUGAAUUUUCAUUUCAGGAACCUCAAGGCACUUGUUAUUCCUUAUUGUCAACUUAAAGGUUCAAUUCCAUCAUGGCUGAGUAGCAGCAAGAAGUUGCAACUUUUGGAUUUGUCAUGGAACCGAUUGAGUGGAACUAUUCCCUUCUGGUUCCAUGAGUUCAAGCAUCUCUUUUACAUGGAUUUGUCAAACAAUUCUUUCACUGGUGAAAUACCUAUGAGCUUAACAGAGCUACAGGGCCUAAUCAACAUGAAUAUAUCAUCAGAGGGGCUUUCUUCAGGCUUCCCACUUUUCCGGGCUGGGGCAGAUGGUGCAAAAUAUCAGUAUAAAGGUAUUUGGAGCUUCCGACCAACUUUGGACUUGAGUCACAACAAGCUCACAGGAUCCUUAUGGCCAGGUUUUGGAAAUUUGAAAGAACUCCAUGUUCUGAAGCUGAAAGAAAAUCAUCUCUCGGGAACCAUUCCUGAUAGUUUCUCAGGCAUGAAAAACUUGGAAGUUUUGGACCUAUCGUAUAACGAAUUGUCAGGAGAAAUACCUCUAUCACUGGAAAAGCUCAGUUUUCUGUCGAAGUUCAGCGUUGCAUACAGUCAAUUGCAAGGAGAAAUCCCCACAGGAGGCCAGUUCCUGACAUUUCCAUCUUCAAGCUUCGAGGGAAACGAAGGUCUGUGUGGAGAAGACCGUACUCCUUGUCAGCCUCGACAGGCUCCUCAUGUUCAGCUGGCUGAUAAAAAAAUGACCAUCAUUGGUUUGCAAUUUGGACUAGGAGCUAUAACUGGAUUCCUAUUAACCGUCACCAUUUGCUUCAUAUCUGGCUGGGUGCUUCCAAAGACAUGA